AGUUACUUCUGUAGUUUGGUUCCAGUACCCGCGUUUACCCAAAACCGAAAAUAAUUAGGUACCCAGUUGAUUAAAAAUAAGCAGUAGGUAGCCUACCCCUUUGAUAGUACUUAGGUAGUACACUACCUAUACUACUAGUAUACUAGCCUGGCCUAUUGAAACUGCCGGCCGGAAUUUCCGACCCUACGACUACCUACUACUACCUAUACUACUCAAAGGAGGCAAGUUUUACGGUAAGCUAGUGGACUAGGCCUAAGCAGAAGUAAUCUGGACAACUGUAAGGCACUAUGGCAGGAAAAAUUUUGCUUGGGUUCACCUUCCUCUGUGGAAUAGCAGUUUUAAGGACAUCUGCUCACACUCAUCACCUCCACAGCGCCAAUAAAGAAAGAGAGGCAGAUGGUGCAAGAAGCCCCCGUGACCAUGGGCAUUAUGCAGAUGGAGAACAUCACAGUGAAUUUGACCAUGAAGCUAUACUUGGAAGUGUUAAGGAUGCUGAGGAGUAUGACCAGUUACCUGCAAGUGAAGCAAAGAGAAGGCUUGAAAUUCUUUUAGUAAAGAUGGAUCGUAACAAUGAUAAAGAUAUAGAUCGUAAGGAACUACAUUCUUGGAUUUUACGCUCAUUUAGGAUGUUAUCUGAGGAAGAAAGUACUGAGAGAUUGGAAGAGGUUGAUGAUGAUGAAGAUGGUUAUGUCACUUGGUCUGAAUAUAUCUCAGAAACAUAUGGAAUCAAUGAUCCCGAGGAUCAGGAGCUUCUAGGUAAAACUGAUCAAGAGGAAGAAAAAAACCUUUUACGAGAAGAUCGUGAGUUGUUUAAUGCAGCAGAUAAGAAUAUUGAUGGUAGAUUAGAUGAAAAGGAAUUCUUAGCAUUUACUCAUCCAGAAGAGCAUCCUGAUAUGCUUCCUAUUAUUCUGCGACAAACUUUGGAAGAUAAAGAUAAAAAUGGAGACGGUUUGAUUGACUUCCAAGAAUAUAUUGGCGAAAAAGGAGUAAAUGAUAUAUUAGACAAAAGUGAAGAAGAUUAUGAGAAAUUGAAGUUUGACAAGCAUGAUCUUGAUGGUGAUGGAGCUCUUCACAUUAUAGAGGCUCAGAGACUGCUAUCUCCCACUAAUGUGGAUAUUGCGGAGGAUGAGGUGGAUCACCUAUUUGCUGCAGCUGAUGAUGAUGCAGAUGGUGUGCUUUCAUUCCUUGAAGUCUUGGAUCAUCAUGAUGUCUUUGUAGGUUCAGAGGCUACCGACUAUGGUGAUCACUUGCACAAUCUUGACCGUUUUGAAGACGAGUUGUGAGAAAACUAUGCAUAGCAUUCCAUCACAGACAGUGCCCUCUUUUGAAUACGUACUUAGAAAAAGUGGAUGAAGGUUGUUUAGCAGGGUCCGCUUCAUGUAUGAAACCGACUUGCUUACUAAUUUGUUUGUUCCGAGUUGCAAUAUCCAUUGUGUUAGAUCAUGUAAUUAUUGGAAUCUCUGCGUAUUUUAGAUAUAUUUAUUCUUAUUUAUGAUGACAGUAAUUUUUUUUAUAUUAUCCAGUCUGGUCAUUUUGUAAGAAAUUUAUAUUUUCUGAUGGAUUUUUAUGAGUUUCGUUCUGCUGGAACUUUAUGAUUUGCAUAAAGUUGGGAAGGGUUAUACUUCCUAAUAUAAUUGGCAAUAGAUUGGGGUUUUCAUGUGUUUGACAAACGUUUAGCUAAGACAUGAGGCUUGUGGUAAGUUUUGGGCAAAGCACAAAAAUGGACAUUAUGAAUUAUUCAGGAUACCUCUUGAUUGGGUGAUAAGUAAUAACCACUGAAAUCAGUCUGAACUAGUUCUGCAUUCAUAAUUCAUAAAAAUCUCAUCAGAAUUGGUCAUUGUCAACCAAUGUCACAUUGAUACUGUAGUUCUGUAUAAAGCUAGAUUUUGUGUAACCUAUUAAUAUUGCAUUAUGCAAAGCAUUUAGCACAUUUAUAAUUUGUCAAUGAACAUUGGUGUGUGUUAUUUGAAUGUCUCUGUAAGUUGGUUUAGGUGCCAUACUGAACAAGUCAGUACAGGUAUUAUUUUUUAUUGUUGUACCUGUAUUUAUGACUUUUUUUUUUUAAGUUAUUUUGCACAACUUCUCAAAGAACUUAUUGCAGUUUGAGGUGUAGCAUUUUGCCUGACUAUUUUGUUAUGUAUUAUUUUUAGGCAUUGAAUGUUUACUCCAUAUUUAUAAAGAAAAUAUACUCUUAAGGUAUAUUUUUUUAUAGAAUAUAACUCGUUAGUUAGUUUAAGCCAAUAGUUAGUAAAGUAUUUUUUAAGUGAGGACUGAUCAUUCAAAAUUAAGAAAGCACUUCACCCCUGAAGCAAGUACGUAUAGUCUAAACAAGCUCUGGAACCCUUUGUGGGAACACACAAUAGGGAGAAUGCUUUGUCCAUGACAGCUUAAACUUUAAUAAUUGUCCCAAUGAAUAUGAUUAGGUUGCACUCUCACAACCAAGUGUUAGCCAACCCCUAAUCUGGUUUAUUAUGCAAAAUAUUAGUAAUGGUCGAAGUGAUUAACCCAACCAUCCCAUUACUGUGUAUCAGUAUAUUUCUUAACUAGUCAUAUUCAUUUGACCAUUGGGCAUUGUUAAAUAACCAACAUGACCUAAUUUUGUAAUUCACUGGUCAAGCAUAACUAUGUACUACUACCAGUAUAAUUAUUAUAAUUUGGACCCAGAUAUGACUGGAAACCCUCCAAUUAUUGAAGACUACUAAACAAAGAAUAGUAAAGGUGCAAAAAAGCAAAUCUGGAACCGACACCUUUUAUUUAGGUGAGCGAGUCAGAGACUUCUGACAUGUCCAAUUUAGCAGUUCUCUGGUAUCAUAGCAAUAUUUUACUAGAAAUAGUGCUAAAGAGGACACAUUUCACUGGGCGACACUGCUUCCUCGCCCAGAAAUAGAUUUUUCCUACGUCAAAAUCCCUUUUUUAUUCAAAUGAUUAAACUGUAUAUGCAGGGAUGAGUGUGAGGUAUAGAACAUGAUUAGCUGCUCAGAAGAUAGGAAUAGCAAAAACUUACUAUAAGUUAUUGGAAACUUGUUAGGUAAGCACCAGCACAGUAAUUUUGUUGCAAAUAUGUUGGGACAAAUUUAUGGUUUAAAAACUUAAUUUUUAACGUUUGAAGAGAUAUAUUUAUUUCUACUCGGGUAUUGACUAGAAUACUAAUGCAGCUUACUUCUUUAAACAAACUGUUACAUUUUUAUGAAAGUAAUUAUUGUCAAAUUGUCAGUUCAGGACAAUGGAAAUUUAUCAAUGUAACUGGAUUAAAGUUGUUACCAUCAUCAUCUGGUAAUGUGUAGUGCAAAAUGUAUUUAUUUUCAGUGCAUGUUUUACUUAAAUUCUUUAUAUAAAUUAUUCACUUGAACAUAAAUUAUUCACUUGAACAUUAGUGUAACUUUUAUUUAUGAUUGUAUACCAGAUUUACUGAAAAUUGGCACUGCAAGAAUGAAGGAGUUUGAUGCAUGAAUAUGGUUUUAAUCAUAAUUAAUUUCUGUGGUACUUUUCUGAAACUUCUUUGACAAUUUGUGAAAUGUGAAUUGUGUGUUUGGAAUAGAUUUCUGUAUGAAAAAUC